ACUGGGCUUUGUAUGUUGUCAUAAGUUUUGUUUUCCAUUCCAGGUUGUAUAAUAUUGCAUAAAGAGCGAACCGAGUUUCGUUUCUGACUGACGGCGCUGAGUCAUAUAAAUCAGCUGUCGGUCUUUCAGAGUCACUUUGCUAAAAUGUUUUCAUGGGGAGAGGACAGUCAGCAGGGCUUUCGGCUGAAAGAUGGCUCAAAAAGAGCUCAGUCGAAAGCUGAUGCAGUUCACUUUUUAAAGCUCAGUUUUCACAUCGCGGAUCUGUCAGCGGGUCACAAUGUGCUCGCCUUCACCAAACGCAGCGGAGACGCGUUCAUCAUCCGCACUAACGAGAGCGAAGACGGGACAAGAUCCAGAGGAAGACAGAAGUAUGUGAAAUGUCCAGAGGAGAUCCAGGCUGUGAGCUGUGGUGAUGAUGUGGUCACACUGCUGUCUGAGAGGGGCAGCGUACUCUGUGUGGACACAACUCACACUCCUUUCAAUCCAAGGACACCAGAAGUGCUGUGCAACAUAGCAGUUUCUCAGGUUGUUUGUGGGAGCCAGCAUUCAGUUGCCCUGACUAAAGAUGGUCAGGUGUAUACAUGGGGCCAGGACUCCAGAGGCCAGCUGGGUUUGGGGAAGAGGAAGGCUGGUGCCAAUUCACCCCAACACCUGCGAUCUCUGUCAGCGAUCCCCCUGGUCCAGAUCGCUGCAGGGGGAGAGCAGAGCUUCGCCCUCUCUGUCUCUGGAGGUGUGUUCGGCUGGGGCAGAAACGACUGUGGACAGCUCGGGCUGGGAGACACGACAGACAGACACACCCCAACAUCUGUUCAUUCGCUGAUCAUGAAGAAAACUGUUCACGUUUCCUGUGGAAAGGACCACACUGCCAUUUUGACAAAGGAUGGUGCAGUGUUUACAUUCGGCUCUGGUAAAUGUGGACAGCUUGGGCACAACUCAUUCAGAGAUGAACUACGACCUCGGCUUGUUGCAGAACUCUGGGGCGCCAAAGUCACAAAGAUUGCAUGUGGACGACAACACACAUUAGUGCUGACAAACUCCAAGAGGAUCUACUCCUUUGGGUGUGGGGAGCAAGGGCAGCUGGGACAUGGAGAGGAGAGUCAUCCGUCCGUGCCGCUACCUGUUCGAAUGCCACAGGACACUACUAAUGGUCUCAUAAUUAGAACCAUCUACGCAGGAGGAAACUGUUCGUUUGCAACAUGCACGUCUAUUCAGGACGUUCAGGAGUCAAACACUGACAGCGUCAACAAUGUAACAAAGCACUCUGUUGAUGAUAUGAUUGACAACUGGAACUCUAAAUGUGAUUCAAAAUCAUGGAAAAAGAUAAAGCAGGAGAUCCACAGGACGUUUUCCUCUGCAUCCUAUGUGAACCAGUGUUUCCUUGACCAAAGCAAAGAUCAACAUUUCCAGACCUCACCAAAGUACUCCGGCUUGAACUUGUCACUUGCACAACUUGCUUUUGAGAAACUGGUGAAGAAGCAGGAUAUUUUUGCAGAGGUUGAGGCUGCUGUUUUGCAGUUGCUUCCUUCUCUUGAUGAGGAACCAGUGGGAGUGGAGGGGUUGAGGAUCUUCCUGCUGCUCAAUGAGCUUCUGCAUGUGAUCCAGAGACACAACAGGGGGAAGACUGAGCUUGCAGAGACGGUUGCUGCUGCCAUACAGAGACUCUCUGCUGAAAGCCUCCAGGUCCUAGUGGACUGGUGGUCUUCACUGUCACCCUCCACUAUGGUUAAACAUGUGAAGGUGUGGAAGCAGGCUCUCUCCGUGAUCCUGUCCUCUCAACCUGUACCUCGCAACUCUGGAGUCAGAAACCUGCUGCAAGUCCUCCAGGAUAUGUACAAUGCCAACAACGGGAUUGCAGGAUGUCAGAGAAUCCCACAAGAAACUUUUUGUUUGGAAUUUAACGAAACAUUUCUUGAAGAGGAUCUGAGGCUUUGGCGUUCAAUGACAAAUGUGCCACUUGUCGUUUGUAACUUCCCAUUUGUGAUGGACCUGAAAUCAAAGAAAACGGCUUUUGACAUCAAUGCUUCACACACUCAGCAAGCACACCAGACAGCCCAACAGCCGGUCUAUAUGUGGCCUUUUGGAUGGAUUCCUCAGUCAGAACACAACUUUUUUGAACUGAAGCUGAAGCGAGCUGCACUUUUUGAAGGCGCUGCCACACAACUAGCCACUGCUCAACCCAGUGCCUUCAAGAAGCCACUUGUGGUCUACUUGGAUGAGGACUCAAAACUCACGGAUGUCUACAAAAGGGACUUUUUUCACCACUUGUUUAAGGACAUAGUGUCAGCUAAAUCUGAUAUGUUCUUGUUUGAUGACCGCAAAACCCUGGCAUGGUUCUCCUCCAAAGCAACAGAGGAGAACAGGACAAACUUCUUCCUGUUUGGGUUUCUGUGUGGAUUGGCCUUGUACAACCAGAGUAUCAUGUACUUACCUUUCCCACUGGCUCUGUUCAAGAAGCUGCUCGAUGUAGAGCCAACACUGGAGGAUAUGAAAGAAUUCAGCAGUGAUGGAAAGCGUCUGCAGGACAUCUUGGACUAUGAAGAUGAUGUUGUAGAAAACCUCUGCCUGUCUUUUUUGAUUAACUGGGAUGGGGCAGAGGUCGACCUUGAUCCUCAAAACCCGGAAAAGCCAGUGACGAGUCAAAAUAAGAAGGAGUUUGUGGAUGCCUACGUGAAUCAUGUCUUCAACACAUCAGUGGAGGGUGUGUUUCAGGAGUUCAAGCGAGGCUUCUUCCAGGUGUGUGACCAGGAUGUGGUGAAGCUGUUUCAGCCAGAGGAGCUGCAGGGAGUGCUGGUGGGCACAGCCGACUAUAACUGGGCAAAGCUUAAACAGAACACAGUUUAUGAAUGGGUAUAUCAUGCUGGCCACCCCACCAUAAAGAUGUUUUGGGAGGUUUUUGAUGAACUCACUGAAGAGCAGAGGAAGAAUUUCAUCUGGUUCCUGACUGGUUUUAAGAGGGUUCCUGUUCUUGGCAUGGACCAGAUCCAGAUGAAGGUUCGAGUUAAGCAGCUCAGCCAUGGCGACUCUUACGAUCAGCACUCCCCAGAGUCUCUGACAUGUCACUCUAUUCUGUACCUGCCCUUAUACUCAACCAAGAAGAUCAUGCGAGACAAGCUGACAAAGGCCCUGGUACCAGUGAAUGGAUUCCUGAUGUGAUGGUGGACCAACAGUUGCUGGACAGGAACUUGGACUGUAUCUAUGCAGGGAAAGGGUGGCCUUGUUAUUUUCAUUUUAUUUUACCUUAUCACCUUUCCUGGGGAAUCUUAGAUUUAAAAAAAAACACUGUACUGACUUGAUCUUGUAAGAGUUUACUUUAAAAACUAUGAUUAAAAUGCAGCAUUUGCAGCUAUUCCUCCAUAAUAGCACGACAGUGUAACAGCAUAACUGAAGACACUUUGAAAUUCUGUGACUUUUUGUUAUAAUAUAACACACUAUAAUUUAACCUUUUUAACUUGUGCAUUUUACAUUUUCUCAGGAACAAAGUCUGUUUUUAUGUGAUUUAAGUUUUGAGCUUAAGUUGAAAUAAACAAAAAUAGUAUAUUUGUAUUUAUCUUUGUAAAGAUUAUAAUGUGCUGGCAGAUUUUGUGUCAGAGAGGUGUCAUUUAAACUAUAUGGUCAUCUUAGUUUACACUUUAUGGUUCUCUUGAAUUGUAUAAUAUAUACUGAAAGGAGUAAAUGGGGCUCGACAAAAUAUUGUUACUUUAAUCAGAAAAGCCAAUCACUGUGUGUAAAUUAAAACUUCCUUCCUGUUUGUAAUGACUGUAUUUUAUGAAUUUGUCACAUGUGAAAAUGUUUGAGCGAUAAAAAAUAUGCAGUAUA